AUGUCCAGAAUUAUUAUGGAUAAUGGGAGUCAAAAAACCUACAUAAGCGAAAAAUUGGCGGAAGUGCUUAAGCUUCCCACCUGUGGUUUUGAGAACGUUCAAAUUAUUGCAUUUGGUGACAAAAAAGCAAAAAAGGCAACUCAAUUGAAAAGCGUAGAAAUUUCAUUACGGAGCCGAUAUAAUGAUAAAGUGCAAAAAAUAAAAGCGAUUGUUGUACCAACUAUCUGUGCUAACAUUUUGCCAGUGCCCAAAUUUAAAAACAAGCAGUUUAGAAACAUCAAAAUAGAAUUAGCAGAUUGUGAAAUAGGCAAGAAGAAAUUAGUUGACGGCAUUAAUGUUUUGAUAGGGCAAGACUAUUACUGGAUAUUUAACUACGGUGAAAUUGAACGGCUACAAGAAAAUUUAGUUGCUAUAAAAACAUUCUUCGGAUGGACUAUUCAAGGCAGUUGUGGUGAGAAAUGUAAUACAGUAGCGUGCAAUUGUGUAGAGGGUGUAGAAAAGUCAAGUGAAGAAUAUUUUGAUAUUGAAAAAUUUUGGAGUUUAGAGUCUAUUGGCAUCAAGAGCUGUCAACUACAACAGAGUAAUCCCUUAGAAGGAACAGUGUUUAAAAUCAGUGAAGUGAAUGGCCGUUACGUAGUGUGUUUGCCUUGGAAAAAUUUAAACGAAAAACUGAAUAGUAAUAAAGAAAUCGCAGAACAGAGAUUGUACAGUUUGACAAAUAAAUUGUUAAGGGACAAUAAUAAACUCAUUGAAUAUGAUAUAGCGCUUAGGGAUUUAAUCCAAAACGGCAUAGCGGAACAGGUAAACGACUCAAACAGUGAAAUAGUGUACUAUAUGCCCCACAAGCCGGUUUAUCGUGACGACAAAAUCACUACAAAAACGCGAAUAGUUUUUGACGCAUCUUCUAGCGAACCAGGUGUCUUAUCUUUAAAUGAUCACUUGAAUGCGGGUGACAAUCUCGUAGCAAAUUUGCUGAAAACUCUUUUAAGAUUCCGUUCACAUAAAAUAGCGAUAACUGCGGACAUUGAAAAGGCUUUUCUUCAGAUCGAGGUCGCGGAAAAUGAUCGAGACGCACUCCGAUUUUUAUGGUACGAGCGUACCCCAAUGUGUAAAAUUCGACUGCCCAAAAUCGUUGAAUACCGUAUGACCAGGGUAACGUUUGGUGUAACCUCCAGUCCGUUUUUGCUGGCAGCUACACUCCGCCAUCAUUUAAACACUUCUCAGCAAGAGUAUGGAGUUAUUUGCGAUAAACUAAAACAAUGA